AUGUGUGUAACAGAAUACUUUUGCAUCUUCUGCCUUUGGCUGCUCCUGCUUAAGUAUGCUUCUCCGAUGUUUCAAUACAACUUUCCCUCUCAUCUUUCUUCAGAUACGAGAGAGAAAAAUCAAACAAUUACUGAAUUCAUCUUCCUGGGAUUUUCGAACCACCCUGACAUGCAAGGAUUGUUCUUCCUGGUGUUCUUAGUCAUUUACCUGAUAACUAUUCUGGGAAAUACCCUCAUAAUAACUGCAGUCGUGGUCAAUCCUGUCCUUCACACUCCCAUGUAUUAUUUCCUUAGCAACUUGUCCUUUGUAGACAUCUGCUACACAUCUACCACUGUCCCCACAAUGUUAGUGAACUUCUUCCAAGAGAAGAAGACCAUUUCCUAUGAAGGUUGCCUGUCUCAGCUCUUCUUCCUCGUUACCUGUGCUGGCACUGAAGGUGUCCUGUUGGCCGCUAUGGCUUAUGACAGAUUUGCAGCCAUUUGUCACCCAUUACGCUAUCCAGUCCUCAUGAGUAGGAGGGUCUGUGCAUAUCUAGCAGCUGGCUCCUGCUUGUGUGGUUUGGUGAAUUCCCUGGUACACACAGGGCUCACGACAACUUUGGUUCUGUGUAGUUCCAAUGAGAUCAGCCAUUUUCUCUGUGACAUCCCCCAACUACUGAAACUCUCCUGCUCAGAUACUUCAGUCAAUGAGAUUGCUCUCUAUGUGGCCAGUGUCUUCAUUGAUCUGAGCCCCUGCUUGUUCAUUGCUGUGUCCUAUAUGCUCAUUAUCUCUGCCAUCCUGAAGAUCCAGUCUGCUCAGGGGAGGCACAAAGCCUUCUCCACCUGCGCCUCUCACCUCACUGUGGUGAUCAUUUUCUUUGGAACUGCCCUCUUCAACUAUGACCGACCCAGCUCAGACUAUUCCCUGGAUGUGAGCAUCCUGGUCUCCUCUCUCUUCUGUAUUGUUACCCCUAUGUUAAAUCCUAUCAUCUAUAGCCUGAGAAACAAAGAAAUCAAGGGUGCUAUAAAGAAACUGGCAGGACAAUGGAGGUUACCAGGAUUUUAA